GUACACUCCUUGUACUUGUAGCAGAGAUUUAUCUUCAGAGAUUCAUACUCAGCAUCGAAUUUUAAAUCAGAUAGGCUAUUUCAGAAACAUUUCUAAUCAUCCGUAAAUGAAUUCAAGUGAUUGUUUCUAGCUCAGAUCGUAGUACAAGAAAAAUUCCAUUAUUGUCUGUCAUCUGUUAAUCUUUCUGUACCUUACAUUUUGACCAAGAUUUUGCUUACAAAAUGUUUGCCUAGGGAUAACACAAUCAAAUAGAAUAUCAUUCAAUCAACAUGUUGAUCAAUUACUUACAUCAGAAACUGCUAAACCAUUAACAAUCUUUCCUGAAAUCAAUCAAUUUGAUAAAGAUAAAAAAAAACUUCUUCGAUAUAUUGAUUUAAAUAUUAUUGGUAAAAAUGCUCCAAUCGAUACUCCAUUUGGACCUCGAACAAUUACAUAUGCUGAUUAUACAGCAUCUGGACGAGCUAUUAAAUUUAUAGAAUAUUACAUACUCAAUGAUGUUUUACCAUAUUAUGCUAAUACACACAGUGAAAAUAAUGCUUGUGCAUUACGAACUACAAAAUUUCGUGAAGGAGCACGAUCACUUAUUAAGAAAUGUGUUAAUGCAACUGAUAAUGAUGUUAUUAUAUUUACUGGAUCAGGUUCAACAGCUGCUGUUAAUAAACUUGUUAAUCUUAUUCGAAUUCCAAAUACUAAAGAAGGUCUUCUUGAUCAACAUUUUCUGAAGACAAAAUUAAAACAUUAUCAUCAUACGGUUAAGAAACAUAUUAUUUGUUCAUUAAAUGCAGCCAGUAAUGUAACUGGUAUUCGAACUGAUGUUGAUACUAUUUCAACACUGGUGCAUCAUUAUGAUGGAUGGAUUUUUUGGGAUUAUGCUGCAGCAGCAUCUUAUGUUAAAAUUGAUAUGAAUCCAUCAACAACAGCUUAUAAAGAUGCUGUUUUUAUUUCUACACAUAAAUUUAUUGGUGGUCCUUCAACACCAGGUAUAUUAAUUGCUAAGAAAAAAUUAUUUACAAAUCGAAUUCCAGUUGAUUGUGGUGGUGGUACAGUAAAUUUUGUAACUCGAACAAAUAUUGAAUAUGUAAAAGAUAUCGAAAUACGUGAAGAAGGUGGAACACCAAAUAUUCUUGGUGCUAUACGUGCUGGUUUAGUUUUUCAUCUAAAAGAAAUUGUUGGAGAGAACAUAAUUGAAAAACGUGAAACAGAAUUAGUUGACAAAUUUUUUCAACGUUUUCGAAAUCAUCAAAAAUUACUUGUACUUGGAUCAUCAACUGUUCCUCGCCUAGCAAUAUUUUCAUUUCUUAUUUAUGUACCAAUAUUUGAUAAAUAUUUACAUCAUAAUUUAAUAUCUAUUUUAUUAAAUGAUUUAUUUGGUAUUCAAGUACGAUCUGGAUGUGCUUGUGCUGGACCUUAUGUUUUAGAAUUAUUAAAUAUUGAUGAUCAAAAAGCACAAAUUUAUACAAGAUUUAUGACAGAAGAUGAAAAUGGUCGAUUCGAUGGAUUUUCAAGAAAUGUAUUAAUGAAACCUGGUUUUACAAGAUUUAAUUUAUCUUAUUUUGCAAGUGAUGAAGAAGUUGAUUAUAUUUUAAAUGCACUUGAAUUUAUUGCAGAUGAAGGAUGGAAAUUUUUACCAUUGUAUACUUAUGAACUGGAAACAGCUGUUUGGCGUCCUCGCCCAGUAUCAUCAGGAAGCCAUAUCUCUCAUUGUCAUAAUCUUCAAAUGAUUACUUAUGAAAGUGGUAUAAUGAAGCAAAAUUUUUCAACAUUACAAAAUCAUAUUAUUCAAUCGAAAAUUCCUCAAUCAAUUAGAUUUUCAUCUUCAAAUGAUCCAUUAGAUCAAGCUAUAGCAAUGGCAAACAAUAUCUCAAAAUAUGUUUGUGAAAAUAUUGAUUUUCGAAAUGAUCCACCAUUAGAUAUUCCAGAAGAAUAUCAAGAUUUUAUUUGGUUUAUUCUACCAAAACAAGUUGUCAUAAAAAUGCUAAAUGUAUUUGAACAACAUCAAGAUCAUAAUCAUAUGUCGAUACCAUUUCGACCAAGAAAUAAUUAA